AUCUUCGCGGAUCAGAGGUAGACAGCUCCAGUGAUCACAGCCAAGAAGCCUUUUCUUCAGCGGCAACAACUACCACUGCACACAAAAUGGCUGCCGAAUUAACGAACAGAUCGAAAUUAUCUGCCAACAAAUUGUCCAUAGGUUCGUCGAACAGUGAUCACGUGCGACAGUCGUACGCAAUGCCGACAGCAUUCAGACCGGGUCGCUUAACAAAUCUGGAAAUCCUCGAAAGAGUGUUUCCUCUUCAGCGUAAAUCCGUUUUAGAAUUGGUGUUGCAAGGCUGCAAUGGAGAUCUUGUAAAGGCCAUAGAACAUUUCCUGUCUGCACAAGACACCCUGGUCGCUCAGCAUCAGCAGCAACAACAGCAACAACAACAACAGCACCAACACCACCAGCACCACCGACGCGACCGACACGACAUAAACCACACCCAACAACAGCACCAUCAUCAUCAUCAUCACCACCACACGCAACAGCACCAAGCGUCUAUACAUCAACACCCUUAUAUCAACAGCUCGUCCUUCCGGCCUGUCGACCGCCAGAAGUUAACUUUUGGGAGUGUCAAGUCGGCCUUCACACCUCUGUCCCCACUCACGGCCUUUAACGGGCUUCACUCGGCCUUCACGCCCCACAUUUCGGCUUUCACGCCCGACGUUUUCCGGAACCCCUUUAUACCACACCAUCAAGCGCGCUCGGCUGCCGAUCUUCUCAGCGCUCCUUCGCAGCUGGCUUAUCAAAGUCUAAGUGCCAUUCCAACGUCGAUCCCCGGAAUAUUAGCCACGCCAUUUUCUUUGCAUCCCUAUCGUACUAUAACCAUGGAGAGCGCUCAGUUCUCUUCGAAGAUACCAGAAAAAAACAGCAGCGACAAGUCCACACCGACGGACUGUGAUCAAACUCGAGACGAGUGGGACGGCGGAAGCGGAAAUGGACGUAACACAUCCGCAAUUAGUAGCACUAAAGAUGGCGACUGAAUUCGGUCAUUGAAUAUUACAAACAU